AUGCUGGCCGCUUCGGUCGAUGAUGAGCAGGUCGAGACAGAGCUGGCCGAGGUCAAAUCCCAGGCGAAAAUGAUCUUCAGACGGCUCAACAGGAACUCAGAGCAGCAAGCUAGCAUCGAGUCGGGGCAGUACACAUUACACUAUAUCAUCAAGGACUCAGUCUGCUUCCUAUGUAUCUGCGAUCGAUCCUAUCCUCGGAAGCUUGCCUUCACCUACCUCUCCGAUCUAUCGCAGGAGUUUACGACAAUCUAUCCUUCGCAGCAGUACCUCUCCUCGACGUUACGGCCCUACGCGUUCGUGGAGUUUGACACAUUCAUUCAACGUACGAAAAAGCUAUAUCAGGACAGUCGGGCAAGCGCGAACCUGGACAAAUUGAAUGACGAGCUGAAAGAUGUGACCAAAGUCAUGACCAAGAACAUUGAGGACCUGCUAUAUCGAGGAGACAGCCUGGAGCGCAUGGGCGAGAUGAGUGGCCGCUUAAGGGAAGAUAGCAAGAAAUACAGAAAAGCGGCUGUGCGAAUAAAUUGGGAGUUGAUGUUGAAACAGUACGGGCCCUUUGCUGGCCUUGGACUGCUCAUCAUUAUCUUCAUCUGGUGGAGGUUCUUCUGA